AUGGAGAACAAUGAGAUGCUAGACCAGAACAUUGAACUCCAAAGUGUAGACAUAGAGGUCCCAUUCUUCAGCCUAGCAACCAUAGUCACUGCCACUAACAACUUUUCAAGUGAUAACAAGCUAGGUGAAGGAGGCUUUGGACUUGUAUACAAGGGUAUACUAACAGAUGGACAUGAAAUUGCUGUGAAAAGGCUUUCACGAAGUUCUAUACAAGGAUUGAAUGAGUUUAAAAAUGAAGUUAUGUUGAUUGCCAAAUUGCAACACCGUAAUCUGGUUAGGCUUUUGUGCUAUUGCAUUGAAGGAGAGGAGAUAAUGCUAAUUUAUGAAUAUAUGCCCAACGGAAGCUUAGACUCCUUUAUUUUUGAUAAAACGAGAGCUAAUGUUUUAGGUUGGUCUAUGCGCUUCAAUAUUAUUUGUGGGAUUGCACGAGGGCUUCUAUAUCUUCAUGAGGAUUCUAGAUUGAGAAUUAUACAUAGAGAUCUCAAGGCAAGUAAUGUAUUACUUGAUAGUAAGAUGAGCCCAAAAAUUUCUGACUUUGGCAUGGCUAGAAUCUUUGGGGGAGAACAAACUGAAGGAAAUACAGAUAGAGUGGUUGGAACUUAUGGUUAUAUGGCACCUGAAUAUGCCAUUGAUGGUCUAUUUUCAGUGAAAUCUGAUGUAUAUAGUUUUGGAAUAUUGUUGCGGGAGAUAUUAAGUGGAAAGAAAAAUCGAAGGUCUUUCCAUCCAAGCCAAGGUCUAAAGCUUGUUGCACAUGCAUGGAAUUUAUGGAAAGAUGGCAAACCUUUAGAACUAAUUGAUACUUGCUUAGAGGACAGUUGCAUCCUAUUGGAGUUUGUUCGUUGCCUUCGUAUAAGUUUCUUAUGUUUGCAACAACAUCAUGAGGAUCGGCCCAACAUGUCAUCUGUGGUUAUGAUGUUGCAUGGACAAAGUUCAUUACCUGAACCUAAAGAGCCUACUUCCUUGGUAGGGAAAAAAUUGUCUUCAUCAAGCAAGAACCCAUCACUUUCAACCAAUGAAAUUACUGUUACAUUGUUAGAGGCUCGAUAG